ACGGGUUAUUUGCGCGCUUGGGUUUCGUGAUUUGAGACGAACAUGGUCCGCGAUCGAAAGCGCGAUAUUUUCUUAGACAGGUAGUACGGAUCUAAUUAGAUCGUCAGGUAUGAGUGACCGUUUGUUUACAUGCACCAGCGGUUUUCGUCGCAUUGAGUGCAUUUCAAUGGGAUAAUGGGUUUCUGUUUCCUUAAGAACGCGACACGGUCGAGGAUUCCAUACAAGCCAAGUGUUUUGUCAAUAGUAAGCUUGUCACAGAGGUUUACUUGGUCAAUAUUUACCCCUCGUCCCUAUUGGUGAAGUCUGGUGAAGAUGAAUAUUUGUCGGCAUAUUUAUUAUUCUGUUUUGUGUAAAUCUAAGAAACCUAUGGAGUGUGCUUAUUGAGCUAAGAACAAUCAAAGAAUGUCAACAGAACCACCACUAUCGCGCAAGGCCAAUCUUUUGGCCUGCAAGCAUUGGUGGCGUGUGUGCUUUCUGCUGGGCGAUCAGGAGCAAUACUACCGUCAAGUGUAUGGGAAGGCGGCAAGUGAGCGUUUAGCGACAGCUUCCUCCGCAUCAUCUCCUUCUCCGAGGUCUUCGUCCCAUCGAUCAUCGCGAUCGUCUUCAAGAUCAUCGAUAAGACGUCGACAACAAAGUUUGUUUCCCAACAAACACGUUCUGAGGCGCCGGAUUCUCCAUUCCGCGAGCCAGCAGGAUGAUCAAUCACAUCGGAGCUUCGGCAGCACCAGGAGUGCUUACUCCCUCCCGGAAAGAACUACCUCGAACGCGAAAUUCGCGAUCCUAGAUGAUUCAUUUCUCUCGGCCACUCCAGGUGUCGCGGUCCGUGACUUAGGUGAAAUCGCAUCCAAUCGAACGAUCCAUCAUCAUAACUCCCUGGACCAUCGCCGGUCAUCACGGAGAUCCGCAUCUGAUCGUAAUCAUAACAACAUCUGUAAGAAAGAUGAUCGCGAUUUGCAUCAUAAUCAUGAUCAUGUAUCGAAUGGAUCAAUAUCAGCACCAGUAGUGAACGUUGCCGAAGCAGUGAAUAGGAUUGCGGAUAAGUCGCAGGUAAUCCGCGACGGCUUUGAUCGUGAGAUUAUCGAUCCACGCGAUUGGAUGUUGUUUUCAUUACCUUUACGUUUGAGUGAAAAUGAAAUUAGAAAUUUAUACACGAGCCGAAGCCGUAGUGGUGUAUGCAUGUGUGGAAGUGAUGAUAGUGAAUUUAGUAUUUGUGAUCUUCUGCUGUUAAGUGAUUUGCAUGAACGAAUUGGAUUAGCAAGAGUUGAAAUUCCAUCCAGUGAGGAAAUUAUUAAGCAGGAGGCCAAAAUAUCAACCGAACGUUCAAGCAGUAUCAGCAGUGAGGAGACCAUUCAGGAAUUCUUAAAUACAUACCAUCCCUACACGUCACCGAGUAUUUUACAGAUGAAUUGCCAAAUUGAAUCUCAAACUGAAAAUAAUCCGGAUCUUCGGUCAGGACCAAGUUGUCCUGAUAAUCGAUCCAGUAAUAGUGCUGCACCUAUUUUGCCGCCUAUACACCGGAGAUGUCCGCCACCUCCCAGUCUUCCUUUACAAACAAGCAACACUGCAUCACCAAUCCGUACAAAUUAUAAAGCCUACCAUCAAAUGGAAUUCCAGCGACAUUCACAGUCUGAUGAUGAUAGUGGAUGUGCGUUGGAAGAGUAUACAUGGGUACCGCCAGGUUUAAGACCAGAUCAGGUACGGCUGUAUUUCUCACAAUUACCAGACGACAAAGUUCCAUAUGUGAAUAGUGCAGGGGAGCGUUACCGGGUCAAACAAUUACUGCAUCAACUUCCGCCACAAGACAAUGAGGUUCGUUAUUGUCACAGUUUAACUGAUGAAGAACGUAAGGAGUUGCGACUGUUCUCAGCUCAAAGAAAACGAGAGGCUUUAGGACGAGGUGUGGUUCGAUUACUAACUGAAGAUCGGCCAUGCAAAGGGUGCGAGGAUCAUCUGUCCUCGGGGGAUAUAGUCGUAUUCGCUACGCGCUUGGGGUCGAACGUCUGUUGGCAUCCUGGAUGUUUCGUUUGUACAACGUGCAAGGAGCUUCUUGUCGACUUGAUUUAUUUCCAUAAGGAUUCGAGUUUGUAUUGCGGUCGACAUCAUGCCGAGACCCAGAAACCAAGAUGUUCUGCAUGUGAUGAGAUUAUUUUUUCCGAUGAGUGCACAGAAGCAGAAGGGCAAACCUGGCAUAUGUCACACUUCCAGUGUUUCGAAUGCAGCAAGCAGUUGGGUGGUCAACGAUACAUAAUGCGGGACGGUAAACCGUUCUGCUUAACUUGCUUUGACACCAUGUUCGCUGAGUAUUGUGAUCAUUGCGGCGAGGUAAUUGGCGUCGAUCAAGGACAAAUGAGUCACGAUGGCCAACAUUGGCAUGCAACAGAUAAAUGCUUUUCCUGUUGUACUUGCAAUCGAUCACUGCUCGGAAGACCAUUCCUUCCUCGACGAGGGACAAUCUACUGCUCCAUAGCAUGUAGUAAAGGAGAACCGCCGACGCCGUCAGAUAGUUCAGGUCCAGGUCGACCCCCGUAUGGGAAUCCAACAGUUAUUAAUGCGUCUAAAAGUCCAAAGCCAAGUAAGAAACCAACAAAUCUUCCUGUAUCGGAAAGUACAGUUAGUUUAGUGAAUGAAAAAGGUCUUGGUAGGCUUCCGAAAGAAGGAAGCUUAGAGAAGAAUCUUGAUGAUCAUUUGCCAAAAAUGUCACGGGACCAACGAAGGGAACCAAUCGAUCUUACAGAGUUAACUAUAAGCUUAGAAAACCUCACAGCGAGUGAAAAGACAUUACAUUCCAGCGUAGAACAAAAUUUAGCAUCCUCACUACCUGAACUUCACACGGGAGAUAAAACUGAUAACGCGUCAACUGGAAAAGAAAAUGCAACGCCGAACAGUUUGCAGUCCCCCAACGUUUCUGAUAUAACUGCAAGUACCCAGGAGAUGUCAAGUGGAAAAAAGGAAAAGAAAUUUCCUAGUGGACGUUUCCAAAAUGUGCACGAUACAAUGGCAAGAUCGAAAAGCUAUACAGAUAACUCUAGCGCUCGCCGCCGUCGAAAACGUCGAAAUCAAAUCCGAUUUCAGUCAGAAAUGCAAAUCAAUGCGAAUCCAAUUCCUGGCACAUCCUACUCGUCUCCAGCUCGGAGUGCACAGGGAAACGACUCAGAUGCGUCCAGUGUUUGCUCUACCUGUUCUUCCAGUUCCUCAAGCCCCGAUGAAUACAUUUAUAAGUUGCCUGCACGGAAACAUUAUGGUGGAGUCCGAGUUACUUAUGUCCCAAAUGAUGCGAUAGCUUAUCAAAAAAGGAAAAACCAGGAGAAGAAAUUGGAGACUGACAACAAGAACUGCAUAAUUUCAUGACGACAGUUCAACGAAUGUUCUUGUUGUUGCUGUCGGGGAUGCUUCAAACGUUUGCUGAAAUUAUUGAAAAUUUCGAAGGGUGAAGAGACGGAAAGUUGCCCUGUAUAACUCCGAAAUUUGCGUAAACUAUUUGACAACCUUAGAAGAGGGAAGGAAAGGGAAGGGAUCAUGUAGAAGCAGUUGCCAUCCGAUUUAGGCCCCCAAAUCUCUGGAUAACGUUCCUAAGUAAAUUAAGCCAUGUAAAUUUAAACGAACUGUCUGGCAGGAAUAUAUAUUUAAAAAAUGCAAUAAAAGUUAAAUAUAAAAAAAAGUAAAUUAUGGAUAGGAUAUGUGAGAUUUCCAACAGCUUUCAUACGGUCCUUCCCUUUGAUAAGCGUGUGGUUGUCUCGUAAAUGCCGUCUCAUGAUACUAAAUACGAGAAAAAGAAUGCCAAAUAGCUGUAAUAUAUCAAUCUUAACUGAACAAAUCGAGAUAUACUAUCAUUGUUAAAACGAACGGUAAAACAGAAGCUUUAUUUGCAAUAUAUCAUUUUUGUGAACACGAUUUAUUUAGCCUUAGCGAGUAAAUUAGGUUGUAAGAUUGGAACGGUUGUUACUAUAUCGAGACACCUCAAAGGACUUAUGCAUAUGAACGUAUAUCAUUUUCAUUAAGCGCGGAACCAUGCCGUCGACCAUAUCUUCCGCGCAGUAAAUUCAAAAUCUUAGCUUUCGAAUAGCGUUUUUUCGAAUUUCUUCGAAAUUUUAUAUGAGUAGUUUUCAUCGAUCAACGUACAAAUCGGGUUAGAUAUUGCAUUUUAAAAUUUUAGGAGUAAAUAACCAUUUUUCUUUAGAAACUUUAAUGUCUCCUUCGAAGGAUGUAAAAGAAAUGUAAAAAUAUCGUAAAUUUCAUAAAAUUUAUUCUGUUGCAAAUUUGCAAUUUAUAUCAUUUUGCAAAAAUAAAUGUUUAUAUAUAGAA